UUUUUUAACGGCCUGUAGGUCGAUUUGCCUUGCGCACAGUGCCAGACUGCUAAAAUAACAAAAAUAAGCUAUUGGAUUCAAAGGUCCAUUCUGCCACUUUUUCCACAUGUUUUAGGGCUCAAAGACGUAAAUUUUAUGUUGAAAAUGUAGAUUGACACUAUAUUAUUAUUUAUAUCACAAAAAUGACAAAGAUGGGUAAAUUGGUGUAUGACGCCUUUUAACAUCCCAGAAAAUCAGUAAAGUGACCAAUAUUGACGACUGUGAAAAAGGCCUAAACCAGACACAAAAAAAAUUUUUUCAUUAGACUGCCGUAAGUCGCAACGAUCGUUGGCAAUGGCUCGAAGCAAGCAUGCAAUGGCUUGGCCCUCAUGACUCUGAAUAGUCGGCCCUGUUUUGUCUCUCUCGCGCACUCGGACGCUUUGCUCAUUUCAUUAUGGUGUUACGAUUUCGUGCCAGUUGUUCUUGCACGGUCAAACGAGGCACAACGCCGCAGCGUGAAUGUAACAAAGGAAGAUUGCGUCGACCGCAGCAAAUGAUUUAGAGUAAUAUAAAAUAUUUCAUAUAACAAGUGACAGUGUUUUUGUGUGUGAGUGAGGAAAGACAUGAAUACUCUUAACCAAAAAAAGUUAGGAACAUUGAAAAGCCUGGGUGAAAAGGUCAAUUGGAACAUCGAAAAAGAGCGACAAGAACUUCUUCAUCAACUCUAUCCCUUAAUCAAAGAUUGGACGGAACAACUUCCAAAUCUCCGGGAUAUUUUUCGUCGCGAAGAAAUAGAUUGGCUUCUCACAGAGUCUUUGAAGUCCGCGUGUUUCGAUACUUACAGGACUGAGCUAAUUCCACUCAUUCAAUUUGUGGCUCAGACUGGUUACAAGGACGAGCCCGAGGUCGAUAUAAACGGCAAGCCAUCGUCGAGUCGUACCACACCACUGCAUCAUACUUUUGAAGAUUAUUUGAUUCUCGGUAAUUACCCCAAAUUGAUCGAUUAUUUAUUUCAAAUAUACGAUAGAUUUGAUGUAAAUUACACCGACGAAUCUGGAUUAACGCAUUUUCAUGUGGCCUGCUUCUUUGGCUGUGACGAAUUCGUCGAGAAAUUUCUCGAGCUCGGCCAAGAUCCCAAUAUCCUCGAGCCAAAAACAAGCGAUACCCCGCUACACUUGACUCUGGAACACAGGCACAAGAAGGCAACUGAAUUGUUGCUGAAAUAUGGCGCCAAUCCGAAUUUGGCCAACGUAUGGGAUGUUACUCCUCUGCACAAUGUUUGCAAGGGUGGACACGAUAAUGCUGACUUGGCGGAGAUUUUAUUCGAGAUGAGCGACGAAAAACAGCAGCUGAUACAGGUCAAUGCCCAGAAUGAGUUGGGCUGGACACCACUGCACUACGCUCUGUUUUACGGCUCUAGAAAAGGGAUUGUCCAAGUAUUACUUAGAAGAGGCGCUGAUUCGAAUUUGGCCAACGUGGAAGGAUCGACUCCUUUGCACAUCAUUUGCAACAAUUUCCACAGCAAUAUAGACUUGGCGGAGUUAUUUUUUGAGAUCAACGACGAAAGACAACAGCUGGUCGAAGUCAACGCCCGGGACAACUCGGGUAACGCACCAUUGCAUUUGGCACUGAAGCGCCGUCUAAAAAAUUUGACUGAGUUGCUGCUACGAAGAGGCGCCGAUACGAAUUUGGCCAACGAGAAAGGGUCGACUCCUCUGCAUAUGAUUUGCGAGAGAAAAUAUUACGUACCAUUCGACAUGGUGGAGCUAUUCUUCAAGAUCAACGACGAGAGGAAGCAGACGGUCGAGGUCAACGCUCGCGACUGUUGUGGUCGGACAGCGCUGCAAUUAGCUGUGGCAAAUCUGAAUUCCCAUGCAGUUGAUCUUCUCUUGAAUCACGGUGCUGAUUUGUCUCUCUUCGUUUUUCGCUCUGAGAGUUACCUUGAUCAGUUAUUACGACAGAAGCUACGUUGUGAAGAUCAUUUGAAAUUAUUGCUAGCCUGUCUGGCCAUAAUCGAAAAUCUUGAGAAAAAAGGAUACGAAUUGGACCGAAGCGUUGCCCUGACGAUCAUGAAAAUGUUCGCCAAGUAUGAAUUGUUCGAUAAAUGGGAGUACAAUGAGAUAUGUUGGGAUUAUGACUUAGAGUUUAUGAGCAAAGCCAAAGAGAUGAUGAUAAAGCCGAACCUGACGCUCCAAACUUGAUCACAUUGCGACCCGAAGAUGCGGAAAAACGACUCACUUGUAAGGACUACUGCGAAUUUUAUACAUGAUUUUGUGUCCCUCGUUGGAUGGCAUAACGAACGUUGUACUUAUCAUCUGAGCGAGAAAGUUUCAAGAAGAUUUUUCCGACGAUGGACACUGGAUUAUUUCUUGGAGUUGACAGGCUAUCGGCUGCCGAUUCUUUGUUGUGACAUGAUUAUAAAGCUGCUAAUGAACCAAGAUUUGUGGAACAUUUGCUCGGCGAUUACAGGUCAAAUUCCGUAAUCGCGAUAAACAUAUUUUCUAUAAUUUAAUUUUCCAUACUGUCCAUGUUAUUCACAUAAAUAAAUCUAAAAAAUAAAUACUCUUUUGCAUUUUACUUUUAUUUCAGUAAUUACGUAAAAAAAAAACCAAGUCAUUACACUUGCUCAUUCGCGAGCUCUGCUAUUUAACAAGCCAAAAAAAAGAAUCUGUCGAAAUAUAGUUCACGCUCUCGUCUAUUAUAUUACUGCUCGCAUACGAUCAGCGACCUACGCGUAUACGCAGCCCUUGGCCUCCUAUACCCAUCCAUUAUAAACACGCACUCGCUUAAAUGCGAAUCGUUAUUUAGCACGAUCGUUAUACCCGCGUCUAUAUAGCUCGAUCUGUUGCGAACACAUGUACUAUACGUAAAAUAACGCGCGACGUGCUCAAGUCUUUUUUUUUUCUUUAUAUAUUUAAUACCGAGACUGCGGAUCGUCUGCGACGAACGAACUUGCAAUAAUACAAAUAUAUAUACGCAACGGCGCACUCGCUUGUAAAAAUUACAAGACUGCG